AUGGCACCUUCAACUACAGAAUCUGAGUACGUUGCUCUUGCAUCAUCAGGUUGUCAAGCUAGGUGGGUGAAAAGUAUUUUAGAAGGGAUGGGUCAAGUUCAAGAAGGCCCUACAAAACUGUUCUGCGACAACAAAUCGGCCAUAUGUCUUACCAAAAAUCCAAUGUUUCACAGCAAGAGUAAGCAUAUCAAGAUCAAGUUCCAUUUUAUCAGAGAGCUAAUCAAAGACAAACAAGUUGAGGUUGCGGGAUUCAUACGAGAUAAUACUCUUCUGGCACCUAUUUUCUCUACGCAUGCUCGAAUCAUCACACAUCAAAGCAGGAUCAAAGAAGAAGCUAGGGGGGCAUGCUGGCCAACCUUUGUUAAGUUAGAGCACCUCCAGCGCAUGGACCAGCCUGGGGGAAAGGCUGCCAGAGGGAGCCCGAGGCAGCUCCAGCGCAGGGCCCGUAGCCGGUUUGGUGGUGGGUCCCACGAGCCCGAGCAAGCCCAAGGGCAACUUCUGCCUGGGCUGAAGCCCGAGUUUUGUGACGUCAGCGCUGGCAUCACGCUGACAUCAGCGCACAUGGCACGCCUACACAAACAACAUGGAAUCAAUCCCAAGGCCAACACCAGGCCUCUGCGGAUGAAUUUCCGAGGAUCAAGCACUGCUGAGCUUCGCAUGCCAGUUUUCAAUGGCGAAAACUAUGAGUUUUGGAGCAUCCGAAUGAAAACCAUUUUGAAAUCUCAUGGGUUGUGGGAUUUGGUUGAAAAUGGUUUUGAUGCUUCAAAUCCAAAGAAGGGAAAGGGAAAAGAAGAAGGAUCUAUGGCUGCUGAAGUGGAGAAGUCUACAAUGGCUGAGAUUUUGAUGAAGGAUGCUCGUGCACUUGGAAUGAUCCAAAGUGCAGUCUCAGACCAAAUCUCCCCCAUAAUAGUGAAUGAAGAAACCUCAAAGGAUGCGUGGGAUAUUAUAAAGCAGGAGUUUAGAGGCGAUAAACAGGUACGAAGUGUUAAGUUGCAAGGUUUACGUAGAGAGUUUGAAUAUACUCAAAUGAAGGAUAGUGAACCAUUGUCUGCUUACAUUGCUAAACUGUUUGAUUUAAUUAAUCAAAUGAAAAGUUAUGGUGAAGAAUUGCCUAGAGAAAGAAUUGUGCAGAAAUUGCUAAUUAGUUUGCCUAAAUCGUAUGAUUCUAUAUGCUCUGUGAUUGAGCACUCCAAGGACCUUGACACCCUUGAAAUUCAAGAAGUGGUUGCUUCUCUGAACAGAUGGUGGUCUCAAGUGUUCGAUCACACACCUCACAAGUGGAGGAGUAUUAAUGACAUCAUGGCACAAUGUAAUAUGUGCAUUAUGGAACCUGAUAGUUUUGAAGAAGCUGAUUUGGAUGAAUCAUGGAGACAUGCAAUGAAGGCUGAAUUAGAGAUGAUUGAGAAAAACAAUACAUGGGAUUUAGUUGACAGACCAUUUGAAAAACCAGUAAUUGGUGUCAAAUGGGUCUACAAGGUCAAACUCAAUCUAGAUGGCACUGUGCAGAAGAAUAAAGCUAGACUGGUGGCUAAAGGCUACUCACAAAAGCCCGGGAUGGAUUACAAUGAGACAUUUGCCCCGGUGGCAAGGCUAGAUACCAUCAGAACUUUGAUUGCCCUUACUGCACAAAAGGAAUGGAGUUUGUAUCAACUGGAUGUGAAGUCUGCCUUUCUCAAUGGCAUCCUAAAGGAGGAAGUCUAUGUUGAACAGCCACAAGGUUAUAUCCAAGAGAAUGAAGAGACCAAAGUGUACAAGUUAAACAAGGCUCUAUAUGGACUGAAACAAGCCCCAAGGCCUGGUAUUAUCAUUGUCUCACUUUAUGUAGAUGACAUUAUAUAUAUUGGUAGUUGUUCUAAAUUACUUGAAGAGUUUAAGCAAGAUAUGAUGCAACACUAUGAGAUGAUAGACUUGGGAUUGUUGCACCAUUUUCUUGGCAAGGGAGUGGUACAAACUGAUAGGCACAUCUUUAUUCACCAAAAGAAAUAUGCUAUGAAACUACUUGAGAAGUUUGGAAUGAGAGACUGCAAGUCAGUGGCAAUUCCACUUGUGGUGAAUGAGAAAUUGUGCAAAGAAGAUGGAAGUGAAGCAGCAAAUGAAAAUGAAUUCAGACAGAUAGUAGGGAGCUUGCUUUAUUUAACUGCCACAAGACCAGAUGUAAUGUUUGCAUCUAGCUUACUUGCUAGGUUCAUGCACAAUCCCACAAAGAAACACAUGGGAACUGCCAAAAUAGUUUUAAGAUAUAUACAAGGCACACUUGAUUUCGACAUUGAGUUUGUGGAAGGGAAAACAACUACUCUAAUAGGGUAUUGUGACAGUGAUUGGGCUGGGAAUGAGGAUGAUAUGCAAAGCACCUCAGGAUAUGCUUUCACACUAGGCUCAGGCAUGUUUUCUUGGGCUUCUAUCAAGCAAAACACAGUUGCUUUGUCCACAGCAGAAGCUAAAUACGUGAGUGCUGCAGAAGCAACUUCACAAGCUAAGUGGCUAAGAUUUGUGCUUGAGGAUUUCCGUGAAGAACAAGUAGAAGGAACACCAAUCCUAUGUGACAAGGAACCCAGUUCAUCACCAGAAAACAAGGCAUAUCAGUCGGAAAUUUCAUUUCAUAAGGGAAGCCAUUCAAGCAAAAGAAAUUAA